CUCACUUUGCGCGAUAUCGAAAAAUGAAAUCUGAGGUUCGUUCGAAUUGAGACUGUAAUAGUGAAGUUUGAAGUAUGAGCCAGUCACUUUUCUAUAUAUUGCUUUGUCACUAUGUUGCAGAAUAAUCAUUCUACUUGUAUCCUGGAAUCUUCCUAAUCAAUAAAUUUGUAUUAUUGAUCAAUGAAGCUAACUAUGGGGAUUUUCUUGAUAUGUUAUUACUGCUUAGCUCACUUUCCUGGAUUACACAGUGUAGCAGCCAAAUACACAUGGCAUAUAAUAUGGUUGGGAGUGCUGUAUCAUGCUGGUUAAUAACCUCAUUUGUGUCAUUUUCGCUACUCUGGACUACGUUUCAGUGGUACCUCGAUUCAGAAUCAAACAGAUGCGUACUUACUCAAAUGCUAGAAAUACCAGAAUUUCAGGAAAUUUAUGUUGAUUGUCAAAGAAAAUGUUAUUCAAACUAUCGGUUGUAUCGGUACCAAGAAGGUUCUAGAUUUAGACCUGGGCAAAGCAAUGUACCAGUUUUGUUUGUUACAGGUUCACAAGGAAGUUUUAAAACUAUCCGUUCACUGGCGACAACUAUAUAUAAUUUUGUACCGGAUAAUUCCCCCUUGGACUACUAUAGUGUUGAUUUGAAUGAGGAACAGUCUGCUCUGAAUGGAGAAAUUGUUGAGCGACAAACUGAUUUUGUUAAUCAAGUGAUUGAUACCAUCACACUGAUGUAUUUCAAAAAGGCGACUUCCCCUAAACAAGUGAUAUUAAUUGGCCAUUCUGUUGGAGCUGUAGUAAUCUUUAAUCUGUUAUCAUCGCGUUGGAAUUUGAAUCAAACUAAAGUUAAACUGGUUAUAUCAUUAGCUGGUCCUAUUCGUCAACCAGUUAUUUUACCGGACCGUUUCAUGGCACAAAUAUAUCACCGUAUGCAUAACUACUUUCAUCAAAUUUCACAAAUUCCUGAUUAUCCUUUGGUAAUAAUAUCAAUCACAGGAGGUUCUCGAGAUAGACUUGUUCCUGAUGUACUUGGUAAUAUUGAUCAGGAUUAUCCCGGUUUAAAUUCUCUCAGUCUAACAUCAUCCGCUGUACAACAUGUUUGGGCAUCGUGUGAUCACCGGUGUAUUCUUUGGUGCCUACAAUUGAUGCAAGCUCUUGACAAAUGUCUCCUUGAACAUAAGUUUAUGCCAAAUGAUCCUACUCUUCGUCUAAAUGCCUUUUCUAAUCUACUUAUUACCAAACCUUUAAUUACGGAUGCAGACUUAAAUAAUGAUGUUGGUGUGAACAAUUUGGAGGCCUUGAGGUCGAAAACCUCAUACUUAAUACCAUCACAUAUGUCAUGGUUGGAUAAAACUAAUCAAAGAAAUACUAUUAUGCGAUUUAAUCUGCCCUAUAACGGCUUGUUAGUAAAACUUGGUCCAUUUUUUGAAGAUCCACAGCAAUCUGUUCUUCUCUUAGUCUCUAAUGCACCAUACAAUUGGCUUCAUUUAUGUAUUGAGACAAACAGUGGUAAUGAAAAACACUGUGACUUCAUUACUCAAAUCACUUCAAAAUACAUCACAUGGAUACCUGAUCCUUUAACAGGAAAUUCAAUAGCUGCUGGUCUGAUUACAUUAUCAAUCUUAGAGAGUUUACAAUUGGUCAACUCUUCGUUAGUGUAUAAGGCAAAAUUUUAUUUAGUCGUCUCAUCUAGUCCAGAUCCAUUUUGGAACAGUAUGACGAUCUACGUGGAUACAUUCAGUAAAACAAGUGAACGCAUACACUUUGAUUUACCUAAGUAUUCAACUUUAUGGUCAUUUUUGUCGCCCAACUUGUUGACAAAUCUUACGCCUAGGACAUCUGGAAGUUUCCAUCGUUUUUAUUUACCUCAUACAAAAUAUUAUCUGAGCGCAUCAACAAUCACCCCGAUAUUAAUUAUUAAACGACAUAGUUGUACUGCAGAUGAAAAAUUUAUGGGAAUGAUUACAAUGAACGCAUUAUGGUGUAACUACUUUCAUUAUGUUGCUAUCGAGGAUACAAAAACAGAGAUUUCUCUCCAACUGCCAGUAUCACAUUUAUCACUGGUAAACUACACAAAAGAAUCACGUUCAUUUAUUGAUCUCUAUUUGGAUCCGAAUUGUGCCUACGAACUCUCUAUUCAUUAUUCUCUGAUCAACUGGUAUUCACAGUUGUUUCGACUUCAUUGUACACACUUUGGUGGUUUACUCUGUGGGCAUUUACUGUUAUCCAUGAUAUUAUUAACUAUGCGAUUAAUUAAAAUUAAUGAUGAUAAUUAUUCUGAUUAUCCUCGAAGAUCUUUGCGGGUCAAUGAAGUCUACUGUCAUUUAGCUGUUAUUAUUAUUCAUUUCAUCAGCUUCCAGUUGUUUUAUCUACCAUUUUCUGAAUGGAUUGAAUUACAACAAUCUGGUCAACUUGGUUUACGUCUGGUAAAUACACUUCAAACACCCGCAGCUGUUGUCCACUUCCCAUACAUUGAACUAAUUCUAGCUCAUCUCCCCUUCCUAAUUAUUUCCAUUCCUUGGGCUUUUCUUAUUCCUGUGGGUAAUUAUCUUCUUGAUGGAUUUUUCUUGUUUCUCUCUCAAAUGAUUAAUCGAAAUUACUCAGAAAAGCGGAAUGAUAAAACUGUAUCAUCUUCUCCAACUUUACUAAUGAUCAUGACAAUGCUUUGCAUCUUGUUAAUUGGUUGGAUAAUUUGUGAAUCAUUAGCUGUUCUUUUGUUAAGUUUACUACUGUUAAUCAAUAAUUGUUCAUUUUGCCGACAAAAUCAUAUCAAUAGUGAAGCAGUCAAAUUCUUCAGCAGUUGUCAUUUUAUGAAUGUACAAGGAAAUAUUGUCUGUACAGAUGAAGAGAAGCAAAAGUCGGCUAGUCAUCAUGCAAAUACUGAUCAUUCUUAUUCUAAUAUUAAGAAAUUAAAAGGGACACCUUCGUCAGUAGAGUUUAAACGAAAAAAUUAUGCCAUAUUGUUUUAUUUAUUGAAAUGGCGGACAUUUAUUUUACUCGUUCUCAUUAGCUUACUAAUGUUAGAUGAUUGGAUAUCAUUUGUUGUGCGUAUUAAAGAGUCGUAUUUCAGUUUAUCUGGUGUUUUAUACAGCUAUACACUUAUGAUGCAUUCCAGUCGUUUGAUACCAAGUACUCUUAUCCUGCUGUGUACAUCGAUAUGGUUAUUACAAUUUGACUUAGUUCGUGUUCACUCAUCCUCGUCAACAUCGCCAUCGUUUCGGUGGUCCCUAUCGUCAUCUUUAGUGUGUAUACGUAAGAAAAACACUGCAGUUGACACCAUUACUAAUGACAGUAAUAAUAAUAAUAAUGGUAACAACAGUAAUAAUAGUAAUAUCAAUAAUGAUAAUAAUGUUAAACAAAUCUAUUACUUUUUUAUAUUCUCUUGUAAAAUUAUUGCUGUAUGUUUAUUAUUCAGUAUUUUCAACUUGGCUAUAUCAUUAUAUCGUAUUGUACAGUUAACUGUGCUUAGUCUUGAAUGUAUUGCCUUAAUCCUUUGGUUCUCUUAUAGAUCUUAUCAUCCUAGCAGCAGCAGUUGUGAAUAUGUACAUAAAGUGAAAAAAAUGUGUUAAAACUUUUUUCAUUGAUAAAAAAAACACUUUAUACUCC